GGAACCAAGCCCCAACAGGGACCUAAGACACCUCGGAUCCCGUGCAGGCGACGCACGACCAUGGCUGCUACCGCUGACGCAAAUGAUCAAGCCAGCCCCAAGAGGCCGGUUACCCCUCCUGUCCCAGUUCAGCAGGCUGAUGAACCGCUUCUAGCGUUUCUCAAACGUCUCCAGCUCUACUCGGAGACCACGGCAGCUGAACUGAGCAAGUGGGAAGAGGAGGAAGCUGCCCGCCAGCAGGAAGUUCAACGCCAGCUGGCAGAGGCAGAGGCAGCACGUCAGCAGGCCGCAGCAGAAGCUGCAGCAGCCGAACGGUUGCAACAACAGCAGGCCGAGGCAAGUAAGAACCAACUUCGUUAUCAAGCUACAAUGGAGCUCGCCAAUGAAGAAGCCACAUAUCCGAGGAUACUCCGACAGCAGCACUUUCGAGCAAGCGAAGAACAAGAGGAGCCGACCGAGGAAGAGAGAAACAAGGUGGACACAACAGUUUUGAUGGAGAAUUUGCUGUACACGUGCAAUUGGCAGCAAUGUGAACUGCUGGCCAUGCGGCAGACGCUCAGCAACCGCGUUCAGCAACGACCGGCUGCUGUCGCCAAGGAAUGGAAGAUGUCGAACUUCAAGAUCGAGAAGUUCGAUGACUAUCACAAGAUUGAUCCGCUGCAAUGGUGGAUGGCAUUCAACGCAGAGGCGGACAUGCAUCACACUCCAGCACUGCGGCAGCUUGACGCACUCUACCUCCAACUCAUUGGAGGGGCGCAGGCCUUCAUGACGCACAUGGCGGUCACAUUGGAAUGCACCAUCGCCACCCUCCACACCAAGAUCAUGUGGGAGGAAUUCGAGAAGAAAUGGAAGACCCGGUUCAUGGUCAACAAUGACAAGCGUCACGCCUUGAACAAGAUCUUUCGCAUGUUUCAAGGCCAGCAACCUUCACGGGAGUGGCUGACGGAGUGGGAAAGACUCGUCGCCACCCCGGAGUUGAACUUCCCGUUCGACGCAAUCCGGGCCGAAUUCUUCGCUCGGUCAUGCGACGCCUUGACAGCUGCUCUCGGCAGCGAAUUCCAGUAUGAGACCUUUGAUGACAUGAUCUCAAAGGCAAGAGAACUAAUCCAAGUUAACCGGCGCGCGGCCAGCGAGGCCCGCCAACAGCCCAGUUAUGUGGAGAAAGGCAAAGGUCAACGGAUGCCACAAGUAGCAGCAGUCCAACAAGGACCAAGCAUGUCGUGGCUGCAAAGCGAAGAUCAUACGGUGAACUUCUAUCGACGCACCGUUCACGUUCGUGACCGGCGCAGCGAAUUAGUCCCAUGCACGGUGCCGCUUCCUCAUCCUUCGAUUGGUUGUCACGUGGUCUCCGCGGCGAGCAUUCGCCAAUCCAUUCGGCAGAACGACAUCGAGGAGAUGGGCAUAUGUUUUCUUCACGCCCUCCCACCCGGUGAUCAGCCCAAGACGGAUACGUCGGACCCACGCAUCAUUGAGUUGUUGGACAGCUAUGAGGAUGUCUUCCAAGCUCCCGCCGGAGUAGUACCGGAUCGGCCCAUAUGCCACGGGAUCACUCUCGAGGACGGCGCCGUACCUCCACGCGGAUGUAUCUACCGCAUGAGCGAAGAGGAGCUUCAAGUGCUUCGGGCACAACUAGACGACCUCUUGGCCAAGGGCUGGAUUCGCCCUAGCUUUUCGCCAUACGGUGCUCCCGUUCUCUCUUCGUCCACUACCGACGCCCGCUCCUUUCUUGGCUCAGCAUCUUACUACAUGCGCUUCGUCAAAGGGUUUCAACGAACCGCUGCACCAUUGUCGCGACUUCAGUCCCCCUUGGUGCCCUUCGAAUUCAACGACGAAGCCCGGCAUGCGUUUCAUACGCUGAAGACGGCUUUGCUCCAAGCUCCCGUCUUAAGCAUCUAUGCCCGGACCUUUCCUACCAAAGUGACUACGGACGCUUCCGGUUACGGCAUUGGCGCGGUUUUGGAACAGCAUGACGGUACAGACUGCCAUCUGGUUCAGUACUUCAGCCAAAAGGUGCCGCCCAUCAACACUCUUGAUAAUGCGAGGAAGAAGGAACUCCUAGCUUUUGUCACCGUACUUAAGCGUUGGCGUCACUUUCUCUGCCAGCGAUUCACGUGGGCAACGGACAACAAUCGGUUGACUUAUUACAAGACGCAAGACAUGGUGAGCAACACGAUCGGUCGGUGGAUGUACUUCAUUGACCAGUUCAACUUCACCUCCAAGCACAUUUCGGGCUCCUCAAACAAGGCAGAGGAUGCUCUCUCGCAAAGACCAGAUCUUUGCGCCUUGGUGCACUCCACAUUCGGCCUCAACGAGGACCUGCAACAGCAUUUCGUAAACGGCUACAAGUCGGAUCCGGGAUUCUCCACACUCUAUGCGGACUUAUCAUCGGAUCACCCGCCGACAAGCAAUUAUCACAUUGUCGACGGCUACUUGCUCCUCCAUACACGAGGCAAGGACUUGUUGUGUGUGUUCCCGAAGACCGCAUCUUGUGCACUCACCUCCUUGGCGAAUACCAUGAUUCGCAGCUGGCAAGACACCUUGGCGUCGCACGCACACUUGCACGACUCCGCCAGCAAUUUCACUGGUCGGACAUCAUCAGCGACGUCAACCGGUCUCUCCAUUGCUAUGGAUUUAACCGGUCCUUUCCCUCGCGAUCGCCUUGGCCAUGAUGGUAUUCUCACGGUAGUUGACCGUUUGAGCAAGUACGCUCGAUUUCUUCCUUGCAAGUAUCAUGCGACGGCUCCCGAGCUCGCACGACUUUUGCAUACUGGUUGGUUUUGCAGCCACGGCGUUCCGGAAGACAUCGUCAACGACCACGACACUCGUUUCAUGUCAGCCUUUUGGACGACACUCAAGGUGGAAUCCAGCACCAGCAUGAAACCGAGUUCCGCACAGCACCCUCAAACAGAUGGGCAAACGGAACGCGCGCACCAGACUGCGCAGAUGAUGCUCCGCACACUCAUCCGCCCGGAUCAGAAGGACUGGGUUGACCGCCUUCCCGACAUCGAGUUCGCCUACAACACUUCGGUGCACCCGGCAAUCGACGUGACUCCAUUCAAGUUGCACCACGGUGGACGGAAAGGACAUAUCUUCACAGACAUGUUGCUUCCACGGGCUGCCGAUAUCGACGCCGCUUGCUCCCCCGCUUCUACACUGAAGUACAGGGAACUGCUGGCCAAAGCCCGCGCAAACAUGCAAAAGGCUCAGGUCCGUAUGCAGCAGCAAGCGAACCGGCGUUGCAUCCCAUGUCCAAUCCGCGUUGGCGACUUGGUUUGGGUCACCUCCGAGGAAUUCGCGCUCGAGCAGCAUGUCUCGCGCAAGCUCCUCCCUAAGUGGUUUGGUCCAUGGAAGGUCACUUCAGCAGCUGGCGACGAUCCCGCGGGUCCAUCUUUCAUCACUGAGAUUCCCCCGCAUUUGACUGUCCACCCGAUAUUUCACACUUCAAAGCUGGCAGUCUACACUCCAGCCUCCGCAGCGGACUUCCCCGGCAGACGGUCACAGGACCCUCCUUCAAUGGAUGGUCAUCAGGAGGUCGACCGCGUCAUCGCCCAUCGCAAGCACGACAACAAGCCAAUGCAGUACAAAGUUACAUUCAAGCAAUGCGAUCCCGACGACACACGCUGGAUUUCACAAGCUGACCUGAAGGCGACAACACCCCUCAUCUUCGCGCAUUACGAAAAGCAGCAACUUGCUAAGGAAGCUGUCCAACCUGCCCGCCCCGUACGAACAUCAGACAGACAGCUUCGCCCUCGCGGUUAGCUCGGUCUUCAAGGGGGGGAGUGUGUGGCAUUCUGAGCCACACGGGUCCCAGUUAGGGGUACGGCAGUUCAGGCAGG